AUGCACGCUGCGGCGGAAAGGGAAGGUGCGUUUGCACCAAGGAAGGCUCAACCCAGAGCGCGUCGGAUCAAGGCAAAACCCGAAGCCGAACCGUCCGCUGCGGGGGAACGCGGUGUGAACAGCUGGCGUCCGACUUCUCUGCCGUCCAGGUGGCAAUCAACCUGGCCAUCGGGCAUCAUCAAGCGCAACAUCAAGCUCAGCAUCCGCUUCCACCCUCUCGCCCCAAUGAAUACCUUUCCCCUCUGGCUCGGUGGCCGGGAGCAGGCCGGACGCGGCGACGCGAUUGCCGUCGAGGACCCAGCCACGGGCCAAGUGUUUGCUGCGUGCGAUUCGGCCUCGGAUGAGGACGUCGAGGAUGCCAUCCAGCUCGCCCAAGAGGCUUUCCUGUCGGGGUCCUGGUCCAAGCCGUCGUCGCGCCACCUCCGAGCCGAUGUCCUCGACGGCAUCGCCGAGCUGCUAAAGGACGAGCUGCCGCGGCUCAUCGAUCUCGAGGUCCGCCAGACCGGCCGCGCCGUCCGCGAGAUGAAGGUCCAGCUGCCAUCACUCCUGCGCUGGUUCCGCUACUACGCCGCGCUCCUCCGCACCGACGAGCGACCUGUGCUGCCGACGAGCGGCGCGCUGCACAACUGGGUCGAGCGGGUGCCGCUCGGCGUCGUCGUCCAGAUCACGCCCUUCAACCACCCGCUCCUCAUCGCCGUCAAGAAACUCGCGCCCGCGCUGGCGGCCGGGAACAGCGUCAUCCUCAAACCGAGCGAGCUGACGCCGCUCACGAGCCUGCUGCUCGGGCCCGUCUUCGCAAAGGCUGGCCUGCCCGACGGCGUCUUCACCGUCCUCCCGGGCCUCGGAAUCGUCACCGGCCGCGCCCUCGUGAACCAUCCGUUGGUCCGCAAGGUCGAUGUCACGGGAGGCACGGCCGCCGGGCGGGCCAUCGGCUCCGUCGUAGGCCGCAACCUCGCCCGCUACACGGCCGAGCUUGGCGGCAAGGCGCCGGUGGUGGUGUUCGAAAAAGCCAACGUGGAUGCGGCCGUCAACGGAAUCGCCUUUGGCGCCUUCGUCGCUUCGGGCCAGACGUGCAUCGCGGCGACCAGGAUCAUGGUCCACCGGAGCAUCAUGCCAGAGCUGAUGUCGAAGCUCAAGGUAAAGUGCGAGUCGAUCCGGCGUCGAAUAGGUUCGCCGACGAACGAGGCGUCGUCCAUGGGGCCGCUGGUCUCAUCCCGCCAGCUCCGCAAUGUCCAGCAGCUCGUCGACAGCACCAUCCGCGAUAAUCGAGCCGCCAUCGUCUGCGGCGGGCAGCGAAUGGCGGGGGCAUCCCCCCUGGACGGCACAGACUUGUCCAAGGGACAUUUUUACCCGCCCACCGUCCUCUCCUCCGUCGCUGAUUUCGACAUCACGGCGACGGAGCUGUGGAAGGAGGAGGCGUUCGGGCCCGUCAUCGUCGUCGUCGGCUUCGACGACGAGAACGAAGCCGUCCGGCUCGCCAACGACAGCAUCUUUGGCCUCGGCGCCGGCAUAUGGACCCAAAACCUUAGCCAGGCCUUCCGGGUCUCGGAGAAGAUCAGGGGUGGCAUCGUUUGGGUCAACACGCAUCAUCGAAACGAUCCCAGCAGCCCGUGGGGCGGCGCGACGAACGCGAGCGGCGUCGGCAGCGAGAACGGUCUUGCCGCCUAUCACGCCUACUCGACGGCCAAGAGCAUCGUCAUCAACUACGCUUCCGCCGACGAGUCCAUCGCUGCCGAUGACUGGUUCCGGGAGGGAUCGGGCGUGGAGCGCUACGGCUAG